UGCCUUGGACACUGCCCCACAUGGUGCUAUGCACUAUGGUCCCUCCAUCAUCCCCUUCCCCUUCCCUUUCCCCCUGCCAUUUCCCUUGCCAUUCCCCUUCACUUCACAUUUAUUAUUUUUUUUCUGACUUGCUGAUAAUAAAUCUAGGCACUGGCCACACCCAGGUCCACAUUGUUGAGCCUCAGAUAUUUGGCACCAUCUCUUCGAGUGGUGUUCAUGACUGGCCGGAUAGGUCCUUGGCGGAUCCCAGUUGAGACUUGGUUGUGCUCUUACUAGUAUCCUAGUAAGGCCAAGUCGACGGGGUCUUGUAUACUUGGGUGAAGACGGACACGUUCCAGACGCCCGGUCUUAUGGUCUCCUCUAUCACUUUUAUGUGUAGAGUGAAUUUGACUACCCUCUAUAAUCUCAGGUUCAUUGAUUUUAUAUCUUUGGAUGACACCUUGUUCUCCCUGGGCUUUGCUCAUAGACAUGGUAAAUAAGGGUCGUUGCCGGCGGGCUUCAGAUGCUUAGUAUAACCAAAUUUUUUAUAACCACUUUUUUCUCAAAUUUUUUUUUUCGUCGAUCGUUCUGGUUAUCCAUACCGGGCUCUCGAAGAAGGAAAAGAAGAAGGUCAUGAUCUUUGUACCCCCCACCCUCAAGCCAACCAUCUUUUGGCAUUGCCCUUCGUGGCUUUGCUUGAUUUGCCUUGUGAGCACCCCUACUAGAACAUCUUUGUGCGUCCCCAAAAAUAAGCAUGAGCAUCACCGUCAUGAUCCCUCGUGCUCAGCUGCUCGCUCACGCUCAGUGCAGAGCAUGUGGCAUGCGAUCUUGCAUUUGGCCGACGUCACCUCCCGUUCAUAAAGGACGGAGGGUGGGAAGUAGACAUAGAGCUGCCCUGUCAUUUCCCAGGAAAGGAUGUCAGAAUGGCAGUUGGGUUACUACAGCACUAUUUGGUAGAAUGCACAUACUUCAGAUGCAGGAAAUGUCUUCGUCGUGUCUGAGCCACACUGAAGCUGCGUAUCCAGUGAUCUAUUUGAAAAGCAUCUGUGCAAUACUGUCAAGAAAGCACCCAGAUGGCGCAAAGUCAUUGAGCAAACAACGCCUCAGACCCGUGGCAAGACCUGCUCGUCAGAGCAGAGAGCACCACACUGCCCACCUCGUUCCUACCCCAAUCGUGCCUUCUCGUCCUUCCGCGUGGUCCUCUGUCAUGCCAUGCCAUCAUCUCUUCUUCCUGGCUUUCUUCUUGCUCGCGGUGUCUGGCUCUUCCACCACGGCCACCCCGCGCUUGUUCUUGCAUGCAGCAAUCUCUUCCUCGCCCUCAUGAUCAUGAUAAUCGCAAAGAUCGAGCUCGAACUUGAUCAUCUCGCCCUUUCCCGCGCUUCCUGCGCCUGCGUUGGUGCUGCCAGUGGGACUCCUCAACUGUGCGUACUUCCUCAUGACACCGACCAGAAACUCAACCGGCCAGUCCAACUCGUCGUCCAUCUUAAUCCUCGUCUUCGCAUCUCCAUCCUGCUCCGCGCGGACCGCGCCCGUCUCAGCAGCCAACUCCUCACCACCGCCGCCGCCGCCACCACCACCACCAGUGUAAUUCGCCGCACAAUCCCAGUAACACCUUGAAUCAAUCAACAGCCUCUUCAACGGAUCGUCCUUCCUCCGCAACAUCCUAAACGCGCGCCUCACAAUCUCACACCCAGCAAUCCUCAACUCCCCACUUACCAGACCCUCGAAAUACACAUCCAGCACCACGCUCUUCAAUCUCUCGAUCUCGUACUUGUACGCGAACACAUAGACUUCAAGGAGCCCUGCUCCGUUGGCCUCGCUGCGCGUGGACUCCCAGAUCUUGGCCAGGUUUGCAGGGUCAUUGGGCCCGGAGGGAAAGCGGUCGUAGUACAGCCAGUGGACGAAGAUUUCGAAGACGGGGAUCGUGUCUGUGUGGAGGUGCAGGGUUCGUGAAUGGGACUCUUGGUGGGAGCCUGUAAAGGCGUUGCGGAAGAAGCGGGAUUGGAAGGUUAGGAGGGAGGUGUGGAUGAGGAACUCUUGUUGCUGGUCUUCGGGGUACUGGAAUUUUGGCUGCUGCUGCUGCUGCUGCUCCUCUUGGGGGUUUGGGGGUAUCGGGGAUUGGGUCUCUGGUCUCCGUCCCUGCGAGGUCACCACCAUCGUGCUUUUUGUCCGUUCAGGUGUGUCUUGGGUUGGAGAGGAGAGGUGUAUACAAGGAAGAGAUUGCUUGGUUCGUUGUUGCUGGAUUGUGCU